AUGGCCGCCGCCGAUGUUCGCGACAUGUUGGAUUUGCCCGCGGAGGGCCAACCCCGACCGCAUAAGAAACAGAAGGUCGUCGAGAAGAGGCCCGAGGGUAUCACUCGUGAACUGUACGCCUUGCUCGGCGAAAGAGCACCUCCGAUCGCCAUCAACGAGAACCGUUACAAAGGUCGCCCGAAAUGGAUGAGCAAGCUGAGAGUUCGUCCAUGGCACAUGGCUCCCUUCACCAAUGAAGCUCGAUCGGAUGGACUCGUUUUACGUCACUGGCAAAGACAAAGCGAUACUGCAAAACCGGCGCUGGAGGGACCAGAGACAGACGGUGAAGAACAGAAACAGGAUGAAGGUGCCCUGCAAACCCCGGACCAGGAAUACCUCUUUGCGAAAUACAACGUCAAAGCUCGAGUACCGCGGCGAUACACAGACGAAGAGUACAACCGACAUCUCAAGAGCGAUGACUGGUCGCGUCAGGAGACAGAUUAUUUGAUGGAUUUAGCCGAGGAGUACGAUCUACGAUGGGUGAUUAUCGCCGACCGCUACGACUUCCAGCCACAUCCCGUCGAUGCGGAAACAAACAACAGUGCGCUUGUACCGGCCAAGCAGGUCAGAACUAUGGAGCACAUGAAGGCACGGUACUACUUUGUCGCUGCAUCGAUGCUUGCCCUAGAACACCCUCCUUCGGAAAUGUCCGAGGCCGAAUUCGAUUUGCACGAGAAGAUGAUGAAAUUCGAGCCCGAGCGCGAGCGGGCACGGAAAGAACUUGCCGCUCUACAGUUGGAACGUACGGCCGACGCAGUGCGUGAGGAAGGAGUCCUGCUGGAAGAACUGAAACGCAUUACUGCAAACGAGCAAACCUUCAUCGCAGAGCGCAGAGAGCUGUACUCCCGCCUUGAGGUUCCCAUUAGCGUGGGCAACACCACCAUGUACCAGUCCAGCCAGGGCUUGUCUCAUCCUGCCGCACAGACCCCAGCACCGAAUGCAAACGCCCGUGACAGCCGUGGCGAAACCCCAAGCAACGCACCAGCAGCGCCUACAAACAAGAAGGCCGCGGCCGCGGCCGCAGCGAACAAAGAGGCUCAACAGAACAUCAGAACGCUCACACCAUCUGAAGAGGCCAGAUACGGAGUACAGCAUCACGACCGUCUGGCUCCAGGCGUACAGUUCCGUAGCGAUCGUGCCCAGAAACUGACGCAGGCCAAGUCCAACGUCCAGACCCAGAAACUGGCUGCUGCACUCGCUGAGCUAGAAGUACCGCUUCGGCUGGUCAUGCCUACAGAACGGGUAUGCAAGGAGUUCGAGAAGCUGAUCCACUCAGUGAACCUAUUGCUUGACGCCCGCAAAGUGGCCGAAAAGGUGGAGAGUGAGAUCCGCGUACUGGAAGCCGCUAAGCAGGAAAGAGAGCGCAAAGCAAAAGAAGCCAAAGAGAAAGAGAAGCCCGAGGUAAAGACAGAACAAGACGAUAACCCGGCUCCAACAGCAGAUGUGGCUACUGAGCCUACCGGUGCUGCGUCUGCUGCUCUACCUUCUGCAGAAGGUCAAGCGGAGACGGCGGGUGGUACAGAAGACAAGGAGGCAGAGGCCGGUGGUGGUCAUACUGGUGAAGCGACAGCGCGAGAGGGCACCUCGCAAAAGCGUUCAGCCAGUGUCCUAAGCAACACCAGUGAUAAAAGUACCAAGCGGCAGAAGAAGUGA